GCAGCCGGCGGACCGCCAGCAGGGCGGGCCUGAGGCAGAACGGGGCCGAGCCUGCCGAGCCAGAUAGAAAGCCCCAGAGAGCGGAAGGCACGAGACUGAAACGCUGAAGGUGAAAUCAAAACAGCUUUUCAGGUGCAAAAGGCAGAUUUCCCAAUUGCAAACUGAAUUUGCCAAAGCAGAUUUAAAUUAGUAGAAGCACAACGAGGGAACAGUGAUUCGAGAAAGAUCUAUGCAGUUCGAUCAGUUGUUCCCAACAAAAGCAAUAAUGAAAUCGUCCUGGUGCUACAACAGUUUGAUUUUAAUGUCGAUAAAGCAGUGCAAGCCUUCGUGGAUGGCAGUGCAGUCCAAGUUCUAAAAGAAUGGAAUAUGACGGGGAAAAAGAAGAACAACAAGAGAAAAAGAAGCAAGUCCAAGCAGCAUCCAGGCAACAAAGAUGCUAAGGACAAGGCAGAGAGGCCCGAAGCAGGGCCCUUGCAGCCGCCACCACCACCCCAGAUAGCAAACGGCCACGUGAACGGCUGUGAGAAAGACAGCUCGUCCACAGAUUCUGCCAGCGAAAAGCCGGCCCUUAUCCCUCGGGAGAAAAAAAUCUCGAUACUCGAGGAACCUGCGAAGGCACUCCGUGGGGUCACAGGUCACAUUCUUUGCUUUUGUUUUUGUUUUUCCCUUCCCAGCAUCAUUGACAAAGAAGUUUCAUUAAUGGCAGAAAUGGAUAAAGUUAAAGAAGAAGCCAUGGAGAUCCUGACUGCUCGUCAGAAGAAAGCAGAAGAACUAAAGAGACUGACCGAUCUGGCCAGUCAGAUGGCAGAGAUGCAGCUGGCUGAACUCAGGGCAGAAAUUAAGCACUUUGUCAGCGAGCGUAAAUAUGAUGAAGAGCUCGGGAAAGCUGCCCGGUUCUCCUGUGACAUUGAACAGCUAAAGGCCCAAAUCAUGCUCUGCGGAGAAAUUACACACCCAAAGAACAACUAUUCCUCAAGAACUCCCUGCAGCUCCCUGCUGCCCCUGCUGAACGCCCAUGCAGCGACCUCUGGGAAACAGAGUCACUUUACCCGAAAAUCGUCCAAUCACAACAAGCCCUCGGAGGGUAAAGCCGCAAACCCAAAAAUGGCGAGCAACCUUCCCAGUGCUGCCGACAGCUCUCACCAGGCCGUGCCAGCUAAUAAGCAGAAUGGGUCUUCUAGCCAAAGACGAAGAUUUAAUCCCCAGUACCAUAACAACAGGCUAAACGGGUCUGCCAAGCCGCAGGGCAGUGGAAAUGAAGCCGAGCCGAUGACAAAGGGCAGCAACCGCCACGAACACAGAAGACAGCCACACAAUGGCUACCGUCCCAAAAACAAAGGCGGCGCCAAAAGCCAAGAAGCCCCCUUGGGGACAAAGACCCCCGAGGCCGCAGCCCAUUCGGAGAAGCCCCGGCGAAGGCACACCGGAGACAGCUCGGAGGCCAGGCCUUUCCGGGGUAAUGUCGCUAGGGUUUCACAGUGCAAUCUCUGCCCCACGAGAAUAGAAGUUUCCACGGAUGCUGCGGUCCUCUCAGUCCCGGCUGUGACGUUGGUGGCCUGAGCUAGGAGGGAAGGAAAAAAAAAAAAGCAGUUUUCUCUCAGUUUUGGUUCCCUGCCCGAGGUGCUGACCCAAUUCGCUGCCAAAAGAGAGUCAAUCAGAGUAUACAAACCCUGUAUGGUUGUGUCAUCCUCUCUUAAUCAUUUUUACUAAUUCUAAUAAUCAGCUCUAGCUUGCUUUCAUAACUUUCAUGGCUUUGCUUGAUCUGUUGACGCUUUUUCUCAUCGAGACAUUGCAGCAUUUUAGCCAGGCGGUAUUUACUCGUUUGUGAGGAAAAGCAAGGUGUGGCCAGAGAGCAGAGGCUGGCUAGCAGCCUGUGUCGUAAGGGUGAUGUCAGUCCAUCGCUUGUCUUUAGAGAGUUAAUGUGGGAAAAGAAAAAUUCUUGCUGAUCGGACAAACGUGAUCUGCUGAAGACACAUGCGCUUUUGUAGAAUUUAACAUCUGGUGUUUUUCUGAAAAAAAUAUAUAUACAUAUAUUGCUUUAUUUGAAACAAAUUAAAAUAUGCUGCAUUUGA